AUGGCGGUCGUUUUCCUCGUCGACGAUGAAAGAAGACGCAAAAUUUUAGCAUCAUUGAGGUACCUUGCUAAGGGAGAUUUUUACUCGGAAGUGGGUGAUAUCCACGGAAUAAGCAAGUCGAGCUUCUGUCAGAUUUUACAAAAGUUCAUCUCAGCUGUAAAUCAAAAGUUGAAAAAUAUCAGAUUUCCACAAGGACCAGCUGUUCUGCUUGUCAAGCAGGAAUUUUUCAGAAAAUGUCAGCUGCCAAAUGUAGUUGGGGCAGUCGACGGGACCCUUGUACCCAUUAUCAAACCUGCUGAGGCUGAAGAGGCCUAUGUGUGCAGGAAGGGGUUCCAUGCCAUUAAUGUACAGGCUGUCGUUGACGCCAACAUGAGGUUCACAGAUGUCGUGUCAAGAUGGCCUGGUGCGACUCAUGAUGCUGCGGUGUUUGAUAGCAGUGGCGUAAAGGAAUAUCUGAGCACCAAUGAUGUGGGUCAUCUGCUAGGGGAUAGCGGAUAUCCAUUAAGGACCUACCUCAUGACCCCUGUACCUCAUCCCUCCAAUGAUGGUGGGCAAGCCUACAACGACCAUUUAUGUAGAGGACGGAUAGUCGUAGAACGAGCAUUUGGUGUUUUGAAAUCACGAUUUAGAUGUCUGCAUCGCACUGGUGGAUGCUUGCCUUUCCAGCCUAAUAAGUGCUGCGAAAUUGCAACAGUUUGCAUGCGCCUGCACAACCUGUGCUUGGAAUUAAACGUCCCUCUGAUAGACGAAGAAGUUGGGGACGAGAUUGAGCAGGAGGUUCCAAACAAUGACCAGUGCAGGGAGCAGCAGUCAACAAGAGGCAGCAGCUGAUUGAACUGUUUCGUUAAAUGUUAGUUCUUUUAUGCCCCCCCCCCCUUCGAAGAAGAAGGGAUAUAUUGUGACGCGCUCUGAGACAUAGACAAAACAAGUCUUAAAAAUGUGUGUUAAUUAACAUCUGAUAAAGACAAAACAAGUCUUAAAAAUGUGUGUUAAUUAACAUCUGAUAAAGACAAAACAAGUCUUAAAAAUGUGUGUUCAUUUACAUCUGAUAAAGACAAAACAAGUCUUAAAAAUGUGUGUUCAUUUACAUCUGAUAAAGACAAAACAAGUCUUAAAAAUGUGUGUUCAUUUAAAUCUGAUUAAGACAAAACAAGUCUUAAAAAUGUGUGUUCAUUUACAGCUGAUAAAGACAAAACAAGUCUAUACAAGGGACAAAAUUGUCACAAAACCAGGUUUUCUUUGUGAAAAAAAAUCUGAUAAAGGGAGAAAACUCAAACUGAACUUUUGAAAUGAACAAACAAAAUUAACCCCCUUUGUAAGUUUGUUUUAAAAAAAAAUCUAUUUUUAGUCGUGGCGACCUUGACAUUGGAGAUAUUGACGUGAUUCUUUCGUGCGACACACCGUCCCAUGAUGGUGAACAAAUGUGCCAAAUGGUUUUAAAAUCUCACAAUGAAUGACAUAGUUAUGGCCAGGACAAGCUCAUUUAUGGCCAUUUUUGACCUUUGAACUCAAAGUGUGACCUUGACCUUGGAGAUAUCAACGUAAUUAUUUCGCGCGACACACCGUCCAAUGAUGGUGAACAAAUGUGCCAAAUGAUUUUAAAAUCUGACAAUGAACGACAUAGUUAUGGCCCGGACAAGCUUGUUCCGCCCGCCAGCCAGCCAGCCAGCCAGCCCGCAUUCGCCAAUCUAAUAACCAGUUUUUUCCUUCGGAAAAUCUGGUUAAAAAUGUGUGCUGAAUGAUUUCUCAGAGAAAAAGGGUUAAAUGCAUAUGCGUCAAGUGUCGUUCAAGAUUUCAAAUGGGCGCAAUAGGGGGCAAUGUGUUUCUGACAAACACAUCUCUUGUUAUACUUAUAAAAUUGAAAAUUUGUGUAAGUUUUGUGUUUAGGUUCUUUUUAUUCCUAAAGUAUCAAAGCUAUUGCUUUCAUACUUGCAACACUUACUAACUAUCAUAAGGGGACUGUGCAGGCAGUUAUGUAACUCUGACUAGCAUUUUGACAGAAUUAUGGCCCAUUAUAUACUUAGAUAAUUUAACUUUUUUCAGUUGAUAAUUAACCCUUUCAGUGCGGGAACCGAAUUUAAAAGGCCUUUGCAAACAGUUUGGAUCCAGA